UGAUUGGUUGGAAAGGCAGACGUGAGCUGGUGGGGAGGUCUGGGGAGGCCGUGAGGUGCGCAGAACAACUUGCCUGGUGCUCCAUGGAAACCAGGCUGUGUGGAAACGUUAACCCAACCUGGUCCCCGGAAAUGCGAGGAUCGGCCUCAGGCUUUCUUUACAUGCUGUCCUGAAUAAAUGGGAAAGGGAAUGUUGGCACCUGACACGAUCCCACCCCCCCUCAUUUAUUGGGGACGCUAUAUGGGACAGUGAAGCAAUGGUCAGACCAAUGCCCUGCUCUGACGUUAAAACUAAUAAAAUGAACAAUUAAAACACGUGAUUCACUCCUUUAUAGGUGCCUUUUAAUCAAACAGGCACAGGAUAUGUUCUUUGGACCUAGGAUCAUAUGGAUGCUUCUUGAGACCCUGCGGAAGAGACCCUAAAAUUGGGGCUCUGGUCUUUGCUCCUAGAAUAGCCUGAGAACUGGGACUUGCUUCUGGUCUCCAGGGCAACAGGCCAGGUGACCAAUCAGGUCGCAGACCCGGGGUCAUUGUUGGAGGCGGACGUGUUGCCAUGACUCCUGAAACCUGGGUGACUGGAUGAUAACAGAGACAUGAGCCUGCUUGUGUCCUGGGCUGGUGUCCCGCAAGCUGUGGACAUGUCUGUGGGAAAGACCACGAAAGCAGAAGAGAGUUUUCAAAGGGUCCUGGGAUUUAAGAAGAUGGUCGACAGGUGGCAGAAUUCACACACCCACUGUAUGUGGCAGACGCCGCUGGGCCAGAGGAGAAAGCUGUAUGCUGCCCUAAGGACGCAGGACACCAGGGGACAGGAGUUGGCACUGGCCAACAAGCAGCUGCUGAUGGCCCGUCGAGCGGCCCUGCACCAGCUGCUUGAACAGGAGCAUCAGCAGUACCAGCAGGAACUGAAUCUGACUGGCAGAGCAUUUUACGUGGAGAGACUCUGACGGCGCCCAAAACAAAGCUGGCUCUUAACGGCUCGAAGGCAGACAUAUGGCUCAUUCUACGGCCCUGAAUCCCUAUUGGUUGCAAAAGUGUUUAGCUGUACCCGUGAUCUUAAAACAGCUUCCUGGGUUUUGCUCACUUGCCUCUCCGAUCUCACUUCCUCUCGUCUUUUCCGUCUUCCUGGACAAAUAGCUCGGAGUGUGGCUGUUCACCCAUGGGUGCCGUGGCGCUUGGCUGGCAGGAGGCCUGGGGUCCCAUGAUGAGACCUGGGACAGGUCUCUUUCCUCCAGACCCGAAUUCCCACCUCUGCAAAUUGACAGGGUUCCAAACUCCAGUGCAAUGAGGGGUGAGGCAGCUAUAAGGAAGUAAGGAGCAGCGAUUUAUGUGAAGCUGCUCAGAGCGUGUACGAUCUCACGGCCUUGAGAUUCUCAAGAAUUCUAAAAGGUAGUGGUUGGUCACAUGCAUCUGUAGGCCACAGAGAACCUUACUUAUGAAGAUCUGCUUUGCAUAAAAUGACAUCACAAGCCAGAGAGACCCCCGUUGUGCAGCCGGUAACAGGUGCCAGGACAAACUGUCACCGCCAGGCCAGAACAACUUCCCGGGCCCCUCACCUGCUGUCAGCAUCCUCGUUGGCCACUUGUCCUGUCCACACGGAGCUUGUCCUGCCCUCUGCUCCGUGCGGCUGUGUGCGCUGCACAGCUCUGGUCUCCCCGUCCCGCCGCCACCCCCUCCCCCUGUCUGGCUCCAACCCUCAGCGGGCAUUUCUCCCCUCCGACACCAGAGCCCCCUCCUUUUCUCCCUGCACGCCCCACCAAUGGGCACAGAGAGGCAGCAGGUAUGGAGAAGGGCGUGGGCUUUGGAGUCAGGUGUGGGUUCUAAGUCUGGUGCCUCUUAAUUGUUG